AAUCCAUAUAUACAUUCAUACUUUUUGUACAUUACAAAUUAUUAUAUAUUCAAUAAUGGGUUCCGCAUACACUAUCCUCGGCAGAUCUGUUCCAUCCCACCAAUUGGCCUUGGCCACUUUGGGUGCUGUUGCCUUUGUAAUUGCUCCAAAGCCAUGGGGAGCUGCUCCACCAAAGCAUCCAUCUGUCAAUGCUACUUCUCCAGAAGAAGAAAAGUUUGUUAACGAAUUUUUGGCUAAGCACUCUGAAGCCAAGCACUAAGCUCACUUAAAUCCUCACCGACACACCCCACAACUACAUCCUAAAAAAAAGUUAUAAACGAGAAAUGAUAAAUAAUAGAGAGAAGCAAAUUGACAAAAAUAAAUGUUAGAUUGGUCUAUUAAUUUCUUGUAUGUAUAAUUAACACCACUUUACAUUUGAUAUUUAUUGUGUGUAAAUCUCUUUUAAAAUAGAAUAAAAAAUGUUCAUAUGAAGAUAAUGGG